UGUUAACCAAUUGAUGUAAUAUAGUGUUUUUGUAAUUCAUGCCACAAACAUGCAAAUUUCACUGCUAACAGUGACGAUAUUCUUUCCACAAAUUUUAAGGAUUCAGUGUGAAACGAUCGAUGAUCCGACGCUGAAACCAGCCAAACCUUUCUCAGCCAGCGAUGACGGUGAAAUUCUAAGAAACGAGUUAAAGAGCAAGAUAAUAAAUCGAAGUAAAAUCGCCAGGUUAUUUUUCCAUAGAACAUACCAACAACGUCAUGAAAUUCAGGUAUAUUACGACCAAAAAUACUGCCCCAAUGGUGACACAAAUAAACCGUUCGAAUACUGCCCAUUUCAUAGUGCUUUAAAGGAUAUAUCUACGGAGAGCUUAGAUGAUUUGUAUAAUAUUUCGUUAACGCCUCCAGAAGGUAUAUAUGCCCAAACAAUCCAUCAUGCCAUCGAAUCAAAGGAUGGCGAGGUAGGAGCCAUAGAAGAAGCUGUGUGUGGAAACGAUAAAAAGACGAAGGAUCUUAUAAAUAAAUACUAUCAAGCGAAUUAUCAAACAACUGUUGAGGAUCAUCUGGCCACAUUUAAAAAAGACGACGAGGAAUAUCAGAACGUAAUGUUAAAGUAUUGCUGGAAAGGACUAAGUCAAGAGAAGAAACUCUGCCCAGAAGAUAUUGACAAGGAAACUCAAAUCUUACGAGAUCUUCAUCACAAAAAAGACUGGGACGGUUUUAAGAAGAAACUGAAAGAGUUACUUGAUAAUACUUCCGAACCAGAUCUUCAACAGAUUUUUAUUAAGUAUCGUCACGAUAAGAAAGGCAUUGAUAAAGCAGUUGAAGAUGUAUUCAAAGAAGAAAGACAGAUAAGAGCUUACAAUGUUUUAGCACGAUACAUCGAACACACCGCUAGAUAUUACGCUGAAAUGCUACGCGAUACUGUUGAUUCGCCAACUUCAUUGAUAAUCAAAUCUACAAAAAUAAAUCGAAUCGUUUUGACCAGAUGUGAACGAGAUUUGAGCAGCAUUUUCAAAGAAUACCACGAUAAAUACGGGCAUACCUUUACGAAAAAUCUACAUGAUAUAUUUUUCGACAGGUUCUGGUAUUGGGAUUUUGAUCCAGAAGAUCGAUAUGUGGAAUGUAUUCGAUACCUUUGCGGUAAACCUUAAAUAUGUAACAUUAUAUUGACGACUUUGCGGAAAACCCUGCAUCAAAUAUUGGUCAACGUGUAUCAAAUUUCAAAAUUUUCCAAUCAAUAAAUGCGCAUGUUUUUUUUUAAUUCGUCGAAAUAUAUGUAUACAUCACUUUCGUAUCGUAUCAAUUUUUUCAAAUUAUGAACAUCACUCUUUCACCAAAAACCAUUUUCUCAUCCUUCCAUUCAUCAAUCAACCAACCAACUCACCAAUCAACGCAAUCGUUCAAAUCACAACGAAAUAUUAAAACUUACCCGGUCAAACGUCUUUU